UACUGAAAAGUUUUAUGAAAAUGGGUACAUUGACUUCUUUGCUUGCAAAGUUUUGGACAGUUUUUGAUGUAAAAUUUCUUAUAUCAGAUAGAAGUUAGUGUCUCUAGGUAUUCAUGAAUGUAAAUUACUUUACUGAAUGAUUUUAAAUCACACAACAUAAUAUUUAUGAUGCUUAUAUACUAAACAACUUCAGGAAUACAAUGUACAACAUAAAACCUUCUCCAAGCAAAUUAUUUGCAAAAUAAUAAUUUUUUAUUGAGCAUGAGGUUCAUGCUUUUGAAUGCAUGUCAUUAAAUCAUCUUUUCCAGCACAUUGUUUUCCAAGUUUUACAUUUAAUAUCCAAUUGAUUUGUUUUCAUUUGCAAUGAUUGAUAUAAAAUUUACAUCCAUAUUUACACAUUCUCGUACAGUUUCUCAUGUUUACACUUUGCAUUAAAACAUUAGCUUCAUAAGCUUGCCAUAUUCAUCACUCAUGCUUUCUUCUCUUUUGUUAAUACAUUAAUUUUAUGACAAAUUACUUUAAAACUUUGUCUGUCUGUCUGUAAACUGAUUUCACAGGUUGUUUCUUAGAUGGAGGUCUUGUGAAAAGCAUGCUGAACUUAACUUCAUUCAGACUUUUUUUUUUGUUUUGAAUGGAAUGCAACCUCUCAUAUAUACAUGUAUUCCUUCAGUAUAUGUUUUAAUUGUACACAUUGACUUACAGUGUUUAAUUGUAAAUAUACGUGACCUUACAGGGCAGGUUCGAGCUCUAUGUAAUUACAAUGGCACUCCCAGCCCUGGGGCGGGCCGCCCAGCCUUAAGCUUUCAGAAAGAUGAUGUGAUAAAACUACUGAACAAUGACGCUCAGUGGUGGAAAGGACUGCUGAACGGAGAUGAGGGCUGGUUCCCUUCACAACUUGUGCAAGAGGAAAAUAAUCCAAGGAAGAAUAAAGCAUAUGAUGGUAAUGCAGUUUGGUUUGUGGGUCCAAUGGACAGAGACACUGCCAAUCGCAGACUUGGCAACAUGCCAAACGGGACGUUCUUAAUUCGAGUCAGUGAGAACCCAGGCAGGAGAGGGGAGCUCUCUCUCAGUAUUCGGGGAGAUAAUCAAGAAAAGACAAAAAUAGGGUUGGGUCAUUAAAAAAUCUUCUUCUCAAGAACCACUGGGCCAGAAAAGCUGAAACUUAUGUGGAAGCAUCCUGGUAUAGUGUAGAUUCUAAAUUGUUCACAUCAUGACCCCCGGGGGAAGGGCAGGGCCACAAUGGGGGAUCAAAGUUUUAUAUAGAACUAGGAGACUUAUUGUUCACAGAACAAUAAGAGGUCUUUCCACCUUUUGAAUUUCAAUUUCAUUUAAUAUUUAUCUAUUUAAAAUUAAAUUUCAUAAAAAAGAAACCAGGAAUGGCUUAAAAGAAGAAAAAAAUGAAAAUGAAUUUUUUUUUUUUAGGUGACUUUGACCUUUGACCUUCAAGUCAUAUUCAAGGUCAAAGGUCAAGGGUCACAUUGUAAUUAACCCCAUGUCUCUAUGACAUAUAGUUUUAAAGUUAUAAGGUUUAAU